GCUCGCUGCCAAAUAGUGCUCUAUUCCGUUUCCCCGCGCUGCGCGCCCUCUUCCCUGCCUGCCAAAUAGUGCUCCCUCCCCGGCCCGCCCCCGGGAAGGUUCUGGGCGUGCGCGGUGCAUUGUGGGGCCGGGAGCCAGCCGCCGCCAGGAUGAUGCCCACGCCGGUUAUCCUGCUGAAGGAGGGCACGGACACCUCGCAGGGCAUCCCGCAGCUGGUCAGCAACAUCAACGCGUGCCAGGUGAUCGCCGAGGCCGUGCGCACCACGCUGGGCCCGCGCGGCAUGGACAAGCUCAUCGUGGACGACCGCGGCAAAGCCACCAUCUCCAACGACGGGGCCACCAUCCUGAAGCUGCUGGACGUUGUCCACCCUGCUGCGAAGACCCUGGUGGACAUCGCCAAGUCCCAGGAUGCCGAGGUGGGUGAUGGCACCACAUCCGUGACCCUGCUGGCAGCUGAGUUCCUGAAGCAGGUGAAGCCCUACGUGGAGGAGGGGCUGCACCCCCAGAUCAUCAUCCGCGCCUUCCGCACGGCCACGCAGCUGGCUGUGAACAAGAUCAAAGACAUCGCUGUCUCCGUGAAGAAGGAGGAUAAAGAUGAGCAGAGGAGUCUCCUGGAAAAGUGUGCAGCUACAGCCCUGAGCUCCAAGCUCAUCUCCCAGAGCAAGGAGUUUUUCUCCAAGAUGGUUGUAGAUGCUGUGAUGAUGUUGGAUGACUUGUUGCAGCUCAAGAUGAUCGGGAUAAAGAAGGUGCAAGGAGGAGCUUUGGAGGACUCACAGCUGGUGGCUGGAGUUGCCUUUAAGAAAACCUUCUCCUACGCUGGGUUUGAGAUGCAGCCCAAGAAGUACCAGUCCCCCAAAAUCGCCCUGCUCAACGUGGAGCUGGAGCUCAAAGCUGAGAAGGACAACGCUGAGGUCAGAGUGAACACGGUGGAGGACUACCAGGCCAUCGUGGACGCAGAGUGGAACAUCCUGUAUGACAAACUGGACAAAAUCCACAAGUCAGGAGCCAAGGUGGUGCUGUCCAAGCUGCCCAUUGGGGAUGUGGCCACCCAGUACUUUGCAGACAGGGACAUGUUCUGUGCCGGCCGCGUCCCCGAGGAGGAUCUCAAGAGGACCAUGAUGGCCUGUGGGGGAUCCAUCCAGACCAGUGUCAAUGCCCUGUCGGAUGAUGUGCUGGGCCGCUGUGAGCUCUUUGAGGAGACCCAGAUUGGGGGAGAGAGGUACAACUUCUUCACGGGCUGCCCCAAGGCCAAGACGUGCACCAUCAUCCUGCGCGGGGGCGCCGAGCAGUUCAUGGAGGAGACGGAGCGCUCCCUGCACGACGCCAUCAUGAUCGUCAGGAGGGCCAUCAAGAACGACUCGGUGGUGGCGGGCGGCGGCGCCAUCGAGAUGGAGCUGUCCAAGUUCCUGCGGGACUACUCGCGCACCAUCCCGGGCAAGCAGCAGCUGCUGAUCGGCGCCUACGCCAAGGCCCUGGAGAUCAUCCCCCGGCAGCUGUGCGACAACGCCGGCUUCGACGCCACCAACAUCCUCAACAAGCUGCGCGCCAAGCACGCCCAGGGCGGGAUGUGGUACGGCGUGGACGUGACCAACGAGGACAUAGCUGACAAUUUCUCGGCGUGCGUGUGGGAGCCGGCCGUGGUGCGCAUCAACGCGCUGACGGCGGCCUCGGAGGCCGCGUGCCUCGUCGUGUCCGUGGACGAGACCAUCCGCAACCCGCGCUCCAGCGUGGACAGCGGGCCUGCCGCCGCGCCCCGCGGCCGCGCGCGCGCCCGGCCCCACAACCACUGAGAGCCCCGGCCCCUGGGAUCGGCCCCAAACCCCUGGGAUCGGCCCCAAACCCCUGGGAUCAGUGCUGAUCCCGCCCGGGGCUGCCAGCCCC